GCGCCACGGCUUCGCAGACGCAGGCGCCGGCCGCCAAGGAGCCAGAGAGAAAGUUCCCGGGGACAGUUCGCCCGACGGAGGGCCCAAGCUGAGGCUGCUGGGCCAGACUGUCUCGAGUCCCGCGCGUGCAGCGCGCAGUUCGCCUGCACGCACUUGGCUGCCUGGGCUCUGCUUUUCGAGAAGCAGAGGAGCCUCGCGAGCAGGCGGGCAGCCGGGGCGGCCGCGACUAAACUUGGACGAGGAGGGACGAGGAGGAUGCUGCGAGUGGGCGCGGCGGCGCGGGGCGCGGGGGCGCUAGCCAAGCUCUGAUUGCUCCCGGCGGGCUCCGAGCGCGCCGAGGCGCAGUAGGCAGGUAGUGGCUCCAAGCGCCCGGACUGCGCCAAACCUACCAGCCAAGGCCGCCAGCGCCACCGUGCAGGCUUCGUCUCCUCGCUACGGAGUCAUGGUGCGCGCAGCGCGCACGCCCCGCGCGGAACUCUGAGCUCCGGCCGUGCAGUGAAUCCCCUCCUCCGGUAUCCCCAUCAGAGCUUCCCCCGCCUGUCUUGCUCGCGGACCAUGAAGCUAUCGCCUGGAACCCCUUGCUUCUGAGCUGUGUAUCGUCCCGCUGCAGCCCUAGCGCUGCUGGACCACCGACCGAGCUCCAACCGACCCUUCAAUCUCGGAAUCUUCUCCCAGGGACGCCGGGCGCUUGGAGAUGGCGCUCCGCGAAUCCCUCCAGCCGCGCAAAGUUCGCAGGAGGCGAGAGAUGCUGCCGCAGCAAGUUGGCUUCGUUUGCGCCGUGCUGGCCCUGGUGUGCUGUGCGUCUGGCCUCUUUGGAAGCUUGGGCCACAAAACAGCUUCUGCUAACAAACAUGUUCUGCCAGACACGUGGAGAAAUAGAAAGUUGAUGGCACCAAUCAAUGGAACUCCACCGGCUAAGAACUGCACAGAUCCUGCGAUUCACGAGUUCCCCACAGACCUGUUCUCCAACAGAGAGCGACAACACGGCGCUGUCCUUCUACACAUCCUCGGUGCUCUCUACAUGUUCUACGCCCUGGCCAUCGUGUGUGAUGACUUCUUUGUCCCAUCCCUAGAGAAGAUCUGUGAGAAACUUCAUCUGAGUGAAGAUGUGGCUGGUGCCACCUUCAUGGCUGCUGGAAGCUCGACACCAGAGCUGUUUGCUUCUGUCAUUGGUGUGUUCAUCACCCACGGAGAUGUUGGUGUGGGGACAAUUGUAGGCUCUGCUGUGUUCAACAUUCUGUGCAUCAUUGGAGUGUGUGGACUCUUUGCUGGACAGGUGGUGCGGUUGACAUGGUGGGCUGUGUGCCGUGACUCUGUGUACUACACACUCUCUGUCGUCGUACUCAUAGCGUUCAUAUACGACGAGGAAAUAGUGUGGUGGGAAGGCCUGGUGCUCAUCAUACUGUACGUGUUUUAUAUCCUUAUCAUGAAGUACAAUAUGAAGAUGCAGACGUUUUUCACAACCAAACAAAAGAGCAUUGCAAAUGGUAACCCAGUCAGCAACGAGCUGGAAGAUGGUAAUGACCUCUAUGAUGGUAGCUAUGAUGACCCUUCUGUGCCAUUGCUGGGGCAAGUGAAGGAGAAACCUCCCUACAGCAAGACCCCAGUGGUGAUGGUGGAUGAGAUUCUGAGCUCUAGUCCUCCCAAGUUCACCUUCCCGGAGGCCGGCCUACGCAUCAUGAUCACCAACAAGUUUGGGCCCAGGACCCGACUACGGAUGGCCAGCAGGAUCAUAAUUAAUGAGCGACAGAGGUUGAUCAAUUCGGCCAAUGGUGUUAAUAGCAAGCCACUGCAAAAUGGGAAACAUGAGAACAUGGAGAACGGAAAUGUCCCUGGGGAGAACCCUGAAGACCCACAGCAGGGCCAAGAGCAGCAGCCGCCGCCACAGCCACCACCCCCAGAACCAGAGUCAGUAGAGACGGUCUUCCUGUCCCCCUUCUCAAUGCCUGAGGCCAAAGGCGACAAGGCUAAGUGGGUGUUCACUUGGCCCCUCAUCUUCCUCCUGUGUGUCACCAUCCCCAACUGCAGCAAGCCCCGCUGGGAGAAGUUCUUCAUGGUCACCUUCGUCACGGCCACACUGUGGAUCGCCGUGUUCUCCUACCUCAUGGUGUGGCUGGUGACUAUUAUUGGAUACACUCUUGGGAUCCCUGAUGUCAUCAUGGGCAUCACCUUCCUGGCAGCAGGCACAAGUGUUCCAGACUGCAUGGCCAGCUUAAUUGUGGCAAGACAAGGCCUUGGAGACAUGGCAGUCUCUAACACCAUUGGAAGCAACGUGUUUGACAUUCUGGUGGGGCUUGGCAUCCCUUGGGGCCUGCAGACCAUGGUUAUUAAUUAUGGAUCCACGGUGAAGAUCAACAGCCGGGGUCUCGUCUAUUCCGUGGUGCUGCUGCUGGGCUCCGUCGCUCUCACUGUCCUUGGCAUCCACCUCAACAAAUGGCGCCUGGACCGGAAGCUGGGCAUCUACGUGCUGGUCCUCUAUGCUGUCUUCCUGUGCUUCUCCAUAAUGAUAGAGUUUAAUGUCUUUACCUUCGUCAACUUGCCCAUGUGCCGAGAAGACGACUAACGCUGAGCUGUUGCCCGGGAAACUGCUGUGGCCACCAUGAUGCUGGCAUCCUCUCUCUCUCCUUCUCCACACAGGUCUCUCCUGCCUUGGCAGCCGCUGUCAAUCCUUUCAUGAGCUGGAAGGAAGGGCAACCAUGGUCUUUGGUCGUGGUCCCAGCCGCAGGGUAUCUGUUCCUGCAGGGCAGGGGCCAGGCAUUAUUUGAGCAGCUCCACAGACUCUCUUGGCUGCGGGGACACAUCAUGUCUCUUCUCUCUUGCACACUUUAGUCGCCAGGACUUCCGUGUGCCGUGUGUCUUUCUGUUCCAUGGGCAGCCUCAGAACUGAGUCAGUCAGUGAACAGGAGGUGUCCCAGAUGAGUGGGACUGUGAUUGGCAAGUGUCACCUCUGGGUCCGGAGAAGGCCGAGUGUGUCACCAUGAGCAUCCAGCUCUGCUGGGAACACUGGAAACCUGGAAGAGACAAGACAUUCACCUGCAGGGGAUUGAGACCACUGCAGUUAUAGAAAAAAAAAUAAGAAGCAUGGACACAUCAUUUCCCAAUAGAGGAGAGGAAAGCAAGCAAAUACUGUUAUCCUUCUUAUUGACACAUUCAAAAGAUGAGCAAUGAAAUAUCAAAAAUAAAACAUCACACAUAGAUCAUCAUACUUGAAGACUAUCAUUCCACAAAAGGAUCAUUGACAGGGACCAAAACGGUUACCCUUGGAGAAAAAAACAAAAUGAACCUUUUGUGUGUCAUCUUGUGCUGGCUCCAAGACGAUUUGGUUUGGAAUAUAGAAAAAAAAAAAAUGGCGGACGACCACACAGAAACAGGUGCUAACUCGGAGGCACAGUGGGGAAUGUAGUCCCAGCGACUCAUUUCAGACCUUAGGAUGCCACGCACCGCCCCUUCGGGUCUGUCAGCUUCUCUGUUAAUGCUCUACUUUCCACACCGCCCUGAAGGACCCAGUUGUUUCCAUGCCCAGCCAGUUGCAGAAGUGAUGGUUAAUGAGAAGAGAGAGCAUCCGCAGACCCCUCUGUCCUGAUUUGCUGAAGCCAAGUGUGAGAAACGGACCGUAGAACUUUUAGAGCUGAGUGUUUCAACUUCACAGGCAAGGCCAGGGAUGGGCGAUGGACCCAAACACAGGCGAACACGAAACGGUGUUUGACGGCCUCGUAGCUCUGAAAUCUCUGUGUGACAGAUUCACGACUAUAAACCAUUCCUGGAUUCUAAUGAGAAAGCACAAAUUAAUUUUAUAUAGUGAGGUUUUUAUUUUUUUAAUGUUUCUAUUGCAAAAAGUCUAUCAGGUCUGAUGCACUUUGAAUACUGAGCUAUUUUGCACAGUAGAAGGCACGGGGAUGACCCAGGGUAAUGAGAGAGGGGGUUUUUAGUGAUUUUAACCUUGGUGGCCACUGCAAAUCCAGCAGCAGAGUCCUUCUGGGCCCAUGGUGGAAUCUGUAGUGAUAUUCUCCAGAUUUCAGGGGACGAAGUAUUCAGGCUUGUGUUCCCUUAGGCAGAACUAUGAUGAGACCUUGCUCCCAUUACCAGCCUUCAAUUUGAGGUUCACAUCAGUAUUAGAAGGCUCAACUGAGUCCAGGCUUUGCUUUUUGUCUGUCUGGAUAAGCUCGGUGGUCUUCAGAGUGAGACAGCAGAAUUUCCCUUAAAAAGAAUAGCUAAGCCUGAGGGAAGGAGCCUGAAGGUGCACCUCAGUAUAAACUCAAGCUGCAAGAGGCUUCAGAGUUACUCUAGGCCCAUGUGCGCGCGCACGCACGCGCGCACACACACACACACACCUCCCUUCACAGGCAUGUGCUAGCUCUGAGUGCUUCUGUUUCCCCUUGGAGCCCCCUAACUGCUCUAAAAUGUAAGCUUGGAUUAUUCUCAUUUCAUCCGCAAUUGCCGUCAUGUGGAUCUAGUUUAGCUGCAGAAUGUAGCAAAGCUGGGGACAAAGGAACCCGUCACCCCUCCCAAGUUAGCUAGGACCCCUGAUUGACCAGGCUGGCACAGUGGCGUGAGUCUGACUUUGCCCUGAGUGGAGAUGUAUGAAUCUUAGUUCUUGGCUCAAGGCCCCAUGGAAUAUUUAAUUUACCCAGAAGUUUCCCGAAUCAUAUUCUAACACCUGCCCUUUUUGAAUGUCCCUAGUUUUUCCUGAGGGGGAAAAAAAGACCAAAUACUAUUUCUUAGAUGAUGUUAGAGCACAAACCACAGCCUCUGAGGGUUGCGACCCUCUGAGUCCUUGUAUGGCUUUCAGAGAACAUCCCAGCUGCCUCCCCCCUCCUUCAGAAUCUGCUGGAAGCUGGAAAGUGUCUCACAGCUGCAGUUAGAAAUGGAGAAUUGUGCUUUCAGUAUGUAGAGCACGCUUCUGACUGUUGCCUCUGGUCUUUAAUGUGCCAAUGCGCCUCGAAGGCUCUGGGCAUCUCUCAUGUCUAGGAAACUACAGGCUGAAAGGCAAAAGUUCUCUGUUUUUAACCAAACACUUUUUCCUCAUGAGUUUAAAGAUUCAUUUGGUGAUAUAGGCCUUUUUUAAAAAAAGUGCUUCCAUUGCUAUACAGAAUUACUUUGUUUUAUCCCUAAAGUUAAGUUAGCAUGGUAUAAUUAUUUUUGCUUCAAAAGAAAUGCAGUUAAAAAAAAAUACACUUAGCUUCUUGUCUCCUUGGAGGCAGAAAAACAAGCAUAAAUUUCUAUGUUCACUUAUGUCUGUCUCUCUCCCAGCCUCUCUCCUCCCUGAAUCCUUUACAGGUGGGGCAACCUGUGGACAGAGAGACAAUGGGGACCAAGGCAGGUUUGUAUCAUUUCUCCUGGGAAAGCAGGAGAGAGUCCAGCACAGCACUGGACUCCUGUGGCCUCCCCACUCUCUUGGGUGUAAAGUUGUACUGCCCUUGUCCCAUACUAUAUCAGUGACCUUCUAGUCCACCUUGGCUUCUCUCCCCCUGGAAAUCAGCAGCGAGUAGUGCAUACCUUUGAACCCACCAAGGCACUAUCUCCACCUGCACACUAUCCCAAUCCUGCCUGUGCCCCUGGGGGAAGGCUCGGUCCUCUCUUUGCCACCUGCCUUUCCCUCCUUUGUAAGGUACCCUUGUAAAUGGGUGGACGAGAUGGCUGCGCUCUAGGUAGGUGCUGACAGGACAAAGAACUUGCUGGUUAGAGUUAAAAUUGCCAGGAGACUGAACCCAUCAGCCAGGUUUUAAAUGCUUGCCAGAGGAGCUCUGUCUCCCAACACAAUCUCCACAGGAGUUGUCCUUCUCUAGAGCAGUGAGCAGAUGUAUCCAGGACACAUCCUGAGGGGAACCAUACCCUGGGAUGGCUCAGAUGUAAUGACGUGUACAUAGAAAGUUCUAGAAAUUUUUGAAAAUGUUCUCCUAUUAACUCUUGAGUGACAAGAAGUCCUGAUUCCUACCAGUUGACUACCUAAGGCCCUGUCUCCCUGAGCCCAGAUCCCUCUGUCCCUGUGUACACUUUCUCCAGGUGAGAACACUUCACCUUGGUUCUCUGGUCUCUGCAGCUUGUCACAUCUCAUGAGCCCCUCAAAACUCAUACCCCAACUAGGCUUCCUCAAAGUCUAGUGCAGUGGUUCUCAACCUGUGAAUCUCAACCCCUUUGGGGGGAGUCAAAUGACCUUUUCACAGGGGCCUCCUAAAACCAUCAGAAAACACAGA